AUGAAAAACCAGACUUCCUUGAAAGUUAUUCUGGUGGCAUCUUUGCAUUCAGUGUACUCUGAGAAGCUGAAGGCUAUGUAUGUGGCAAAACCAACAGUGACAGGAGAGAUUAUAGAAGUAGUUCAGGCAAGUCAUGAGGAACGUCAAGAGUUUGAUAGUAAUCUGCAUAAUAUGAAGGCAUUGACAGAUAUGUAUCUGCUGAGUCUGUGUGAUGAGUUGGUGACUAGCUCUGAGUCUACUUUUGGGUAUGUGGCUCAAGGAUUGGGAGGAUUGAAGCCAUGGAUUCUUGGGAAGGAGGAAGAGAUUGAAGGGGAGAGAUAUGUGCCUUUAUCAAAGGGGUUUGGUUUGAUUUCUGCCAUUAAAACUCUGGUUCUGAGCUUCAGAAGAAGAAGAAGAAGAAGCCACCAUGGACAACAACAACAAGAUGGUGGGGAUGAGCGCUUCAACAGAUUCACGACAUGCUCUGCUUUGUUUGCCAUGGCUUUCUCUUUACUGCUCAUAAUUACGUUAUUAAUGUAUCAGAACUCUACGUUCUAUCUUUCUGAUUCUGAGGGCUUCUCAAAAGACAACAUCCUAGGAAGAAGACGACCUUAUAACGUCAGCACCAAGGACUUAGGAUUGACAGCAAGAGCAACCAAUACAUCAGAUAUUAAUGGAACCUCCUCAGAGGAAAUUCUCAAUAUUACAAAACAGAAGAUAGAGCUCAGAAUCUUACGGAGUCAAAUGAAGAUUCACAAACGAUUCAAUCUCAACUGUAAAAAAUGUCACUCUGCAACUUAUGAUGGGCUUCUAGCUUCUGGUUUUGAUGAACCAUCUUGCAUAAGCAGGUUUCAGUCUCACUUGUAUCGAAAAUCUUCUCCACACAAACCCUCUUCAUAUCUCAUUUCCAAACUACGCAAUUAUGAAGAAAUUCACAGAAAAUGUGGACCUGGGACCAGAUAUUACUACAAAACCAUGAAAAAGCUUGUGAGGUCUAAGAAAAACAACGUUGAUACCACAUGUAAGUACCUUGUCUGGACACCUGCAAAUGGCUUAGGUAACAGAAUCAUAAGCAUGGCUGCUUCAUUUGUUUAUGCUGUACUCACAGACAGAGUCCUGCUUGUGAAAUUUGAAGAUGACAUGAUGGGUCUGUUUUGUGAGCCAUUUCUGAAUUCAACUUGGGUAUUUCCAAAUUCUCCUUUUUGGAAUCCAAGACGUGUUGAAACAUAUGAAAACAUGUUGGCUAAGAACAAUUCACCAUCAGUUCUACAUCUGAAUCUCCAACACACCAGAGAUGGUCCUGAGAAGUUUUUCCACUGUGAUCAUAAUCAAAAGCUUGUUCAAAAAGUCCCCCUUUUGAUUGUGCGAACAGACCAGUAUUUUGUCCCUUCUCUGUUCAUAAUCCCAUCCUUUAACCUUGAGAUCACACAAAUGUUUCCAGAGAGAGACAGUGUUUCACCAUGUAGGAAAUUACCUUUUCACCCCUCAAAUGAGGCUUGGGGACAAAUAAGCAGAUUCUAUGAUGCAUACUUAGCAAAAGCAGAUGAGAAAAUUGGCCUUCAAAUUAGACUGUACUCUGAUUCCACCCCACAUGAAGCAGUUAUGGACCUACUCUUAAGUUGCACCCUGCAGCACAAGUUGCUCCCGCAAGUAGACAAGAAAAAUUCGGCAGCUUCAACUUCGACCCAUGAAGACGCAAUUUUAAAUGUUGCUCUAGUUGCAUCUCUAUUUCCUGAAUUUGGUGAGAAAUUGAGAAUUAUGCAUUUGACGGAACCAACCAUUACAGGAGAAGUGGUAGGAGUAGAUCAACCAAGUCAUGAAGGGUAUCAAAAGUUUCGUAACAAUUUGCAUAACAUGAAGGCAUGGAUUGAUAUGUCUUUGAGUCUUUGUGAUGUGUUGGUGACUACCUCUGCGUCUACUUUUGGGUAUGUGGCUCAAGGUUUGGGAGGAAUGAAGCCAUGGCUUCUUCAUAGGCUAGUUGGAAAUAGGACCCUUCAUCCUAAUCCACCUUGUCAAAGGGACUUCUCUAUGGAGCCUUGUUAUCACAUUCCUCCUAAGCACAAUUGUGAAGGAAAGGCUAUCAGAGAUUUAGUUCCUCUUUCCCUUGCUUGA